AGAAUAUGAAAAGAAAAAGAGAAGAAGAUGAGAUCAGCACAAAACCCCAAUAAAAGUUAAUUUUUGUCAUUAUACGACGUGAGAAAAUCGCCGGAGAAAGUGGAUAAAGUCCCCUGCUUUUAUCCACCCGCCGUCGAUUAACCCUCUCCGGGGACAAACCCAUAUCUUAAAAAUCACUCUCUCUCUUCCGGAAAUUCAAAGAGAGAGAGAGAGAGAGAGAGAGUUAGUUGUGGAGAGAGAGAAAAGAGAAGAAGGUUGGUUCGGUUCUCUCUCUCUCUCUCUCUAAUCCCCGAGUAUGGUGAGAGUAGUACUUAGCAGUAAUGGAAAGAGCAAGAGACUUUAAAACCCCUCUUUCUCUCUCUUCUAUUUCUCCUUCUGUCAAAACCCCAAAUUUAAAACCCAUCAGUUACGCAAUUUUGGGGUUGGGGAGAGAGAAAGAAAGAAAGAGAGAUUUUUUUUUGGAAUCUGUAAUGAAUGUGAAGAAGCAAAAUGGGUUAGGAGAAAAAAAAAGAAAAUUAAAAAAGCACUAAUGGCGGCUUUAGGUGAGGAGGCUUUGAGGUGAAAGGCUUAUACAGCAAAUAGAGAUCGUCACUUUCCUCUUAUUUCUCUUUCUAGGGUGGGCUCUGUAGAAAACCAGAAGGGACAUAAUUACGGCUCAAAACCGAUUCUUUUUUUCUUUUUCUUUUCCUCUAUUUUAGUUGGAAUUUUGGGUGAGUGAUAAAAUUCUCUCUAAUCAAUCCUCUGUAUCAAUAAUUUCUUGCCUAAAUCAAACCUUUUCACCUCCCCUAAUCACCGCCUCUGCAUCUUUCUUCAGAUUCUCUUCCGUUUUGUUUUCUUCCUUCUCUCUUUUAAUCUCUCUCUCACUUUUCUUUUGGUGGGUGCAAAAAAAAAAAGUUUGUUUUUUUUCCUUCUCUACUGGGUCUGUGUUAAUGGCGACAGUGGUGUAAAUGGACCAUUAACAGUUUGUGGUUGGGUGAAAACUAGUAAAACGGAAAGAAAAAGAAAAAGUUUGUUUGCCAUAGAUUAAAGAGUGUUUUUUUACUGUUUUUUCUUAUUAGUCUCGAAUUCUUUUAAAAUAUAUAUAAGAUGAGUUUCGUCGUCGGCGUCGGCGGAAGUGGGACUGGAAGCGGCGGAGACGGUGGUAGUGGCCAACAUCACGACGCCUUUGAAACGGAUAAGAAGAAGAAACGUUAUCAUCGUCACACCGCUCAACAGAUUCAACGCCUCGAAUCGAGUUUCAAGGAGUGUCCUCAUCCAGAUGAUAAACAGAGGAAUCUACUUAGUAGAGAAUUGGGUUUGGCUCCAAGACAGAUCAAGUUCUGGUUUCAGAACAGAAGAACUCAGCUUAAGGCGCAACAUGAGAGAGCAGAUAAUAAUGCACUAAAGGCAGAGAAUGAUAAGAUUAGAUGCGAAAACAUAGCCAUUAGAGAAGCUCUCAAGCAUGCUAUAUGUCCUAACUGUGGAGGUCCUCCUGUUAGUGAAGAUCCUUACUUUGAUGAACAAAAGCUUCGGAUUGAGAAUGCACAUCUUAGAGAAGAGCUUGAGAGAAUGUCGUCCAUUGCAUCAAAGUACAUGGGAAGACCACUAUCCUCACAACUCUCUACGCUGCAUCCAAUGCACAUCUCACCGUUGGAUUUGUCCAUGACUAGCUUAACCGGUUGUGGUCAAGGUCCUUCACUGGAUUUUGAUCUUCUUCCAGGAAGUUCUAUGCCUGUUGCAUCUAAUAAUCUUCAUUCUCAGCCUAGCUUGCCUAUAUCGGAUAUGGAUAAGCCUCUUAUGAACGACAUUGCCUUGACCGCUAUGGAAGAGUUGCUCAGGCUUCUUCAGACAAACGAACCUUUGUGGACUAGAACAACAGCUGGCUCCAGGGACAUUCUCAAUCUUGGAAGCUACGAGAAUGUUUUCCCAAGAUCGAGUAACCGAGGGAAGAACCGUAACCUUAGAGUCGAGGCAUCUAGGUCUUCUGGUAUUGUUUUCAUGAAUGCUAUGACGCUUGUCGACAUGUUCAUGGAUUGUCUAAAGUGGGCAGAGCUCUUUCCUUCAAUCGUUGCAGCGUCUAAAACACUUGCAGUGGUUUCUUCAGGAAUGGGAGGUACCCAUGAGGGUGCAUUGCAUUUGAUGUAUGAAGAAAUGGAAGUGCUUUCUCCAUUGGUAGCAACACGCGAGUUCUGCGAGCUACGCUAUUGUCAGCAGAUUGAACAAGGAAGCUGGAUAGUUGUGAAUGUCUCAUACGAUCUUCCUCAGUUUGUUUCAAACUCUCAGUCCUAUAGGUUUCCGUCUGGAUGCUUGAUUCAGGACAUGCCUAAUGGAUAUUCCAAGGUUACUUGGGUUGAACAUAUCGAAACUGAAGAGAAAGAACAGACUCAUGAGCUAUACAGAGAGAUGAUUCACACAGGGAUUGCUUUUGGAGCUGAGAGAUGGGUUACUUCUCUCCAGAGAAUGUGUGAGAGAUUUGCGUCUCUCUUGGCACCACCAGCAUCAUCUCGUGAUCUCGGCGGAGUGAUUCCAUCGCCGGAAGGGAAGAGAAGCAUGAUGAGGCUUGCUCAGAGAAUGGUCAGCAACUACUGCUUAAGUGUCAGCAGAUCAAACAACACUCGCUCGACCGUUGUUGCGGAACUGAACGAAGUCGGAGUUCGUGUGACCGCACAAAAGAGCCCUGAACCGAACGGUACCAUCCUCUGCGCAGCUACCACCUUUUGGCUACCAAACUCUCCUCAAAACGUCUUCAACUUCCUCAAAGACGAAAGAACUCGUCCUCAGUGGGAUGUUCUUUCAAGCGGAAACGCGGUUCAAGAAGUUGCUCACAUUGCAAAUGGAUCACAUCCCGGAUGCUGCAUAUCGGUUCUUCGUGCAUCAAAUGCAACACAGAGCAACAACAUGUUGAUUCUACAAGAAAGCGCAAUAGACUCAUCAGGAGCACUCGUGGUGUAUAGUCCGGUGGAUUUAUCAGCGUUGAACAUCGCGAUGAACGGUGACGAUCCUUCCUACAUUCCACUCUUGUCCUCAGGUUUCGCAAUCUCACCAGACGGAAACAGAACCGCUGAGCAAGGAGGAGGAGCCUCGACCAGCUCGGGACGGUCAUCAUCAAGCGGGUUUGGAGGAGGAGGAUCUCUGAUAACGGUUGGUUUUCAGAUAAUGGUGAGCAAUUUGCCGUCGGCUAAACUGAAUAUGGAGUCGGUGGAAACGGUUAAUAACCUGAUUGGAACAACAGUGCACCAAAUUAAAACCGCCUUGAGCAACUGUCCCAGUGCUUCAACCACAGCUUGAUGAUACAUACCAUUAAAGGCUCUUCUGCUUUCUUCUGGGUGUCUCUUUCUCUUCAAUGAUGGAGCAGAGAAGGGAAUUAACUCUUCUUGGCCUUCAAUGCCAGAGAGAGAGAAGAAAGGACAUUAACUCCAAUUGUUCUGCUCCUUUUGUUGCUGCUGUUCUUGGACAAGCCUCAUUAAAAACCAGCUGGAUUCUUCGUUUGGUCAUAUCAUCUCUUCAUUUGUUUUUUUUUUUUUUCGCUUUCUUUUGGGCGUUUUAAUGAGAAUUUUAGGAAAUUUUUUUUUAAUGAUUGUUUUGGUAGAAACUGGAAGUCAAGAACGCACCAUGCAACUUUGACUUUCUUUGUAUGGUUCGGGCAUUGACUUCUAUUGCAAAGUUUUUUUUCUUCUUCUUAGUUAUAAAAAGCUUCAAACCCAUUAUUAUUA